UUUACAACUAAGAAAAGCGGCAGUCGAAAAAUUUUCUGGACAAUUGAAAUUGUUUAUAGUGUAUAGACUAACACGAAAUUCUAAUUAUUUUAUGUUAGAAUGGCUGGUGAAGUGCUCGUUGAUGCUUUGCCGUACAUAGAUCUUGGAUAUGAUGAUCUUGGAGUGCGGGAAGCGGCAAUCGCGAUGGUUGAGGAGGAAUGCCGUCGAUAUCGACCAACAAAAAACUAUCUAGAACAUCUGCCCACGCCUAGUACAUCUGCCUUCGAGACGGAUCUAAUGACAGCCGAGUUCGAUCGAAUUCAGAACCGACUACCGAUGGAAUCGCUCAGUAUGAAACGUUACGAGCUUCCGCCACCACCGGCCGGUAAAAUGUCAGAAGUGUCGGCUUGGAUCGAAAGCGUCGACAACUCAAUGGCCCAGCUUGAGCAUCAGGCCGUACGGGCGAUGAAUUUGGACCUAAUGAUGGAGUACGGCUGCGAGAUGUGGAAAUCCUAUCUAGAGGUGCUUACGGCGAUGCAAGCGAAGGCUCAGGCGCGAUUGGAAGCAAUCAAAAAGGAAAUUCAGGACGUCAACUGGAAGCGAAAAUCGAAGCAAACGCAGGGUGGUGAAAAGUUACGCUCUCUCGAGGCACAGUGGGUCAUGCUGGUGUCGAAAAACUACGAAAUCGAGCAGGCCUGUGCUAAACUAGAAGAGAAAAUUUAUCAAAAGAAACUCGAAAAAGGUGUACUGCCGACUGUUGCGAUUAAUGGGGAUGAUUAGAUGUAGUGUUUAAAAUAAAUGACUUCAAUAAAAAUAAUUGCCUACACUC